CUUCCGGAUGCAUCCGAUCAGCUGCCAGGCUAUCGGUUCGGUCUACCAUAUACAGUCAAUGAGAUAAGCGAAGAGCACGAUCGGCAGAAUGCACUGUUGAGAGCAUUGUACAACGUGACAUGGUGGCUUCUGAUUAGUGAGGCCACUAUGGCCCUUGCAGGAAGCCAUGAGGCGACACCGCAUCACCCUGGUAGGAGCGUGCAUGACAGUGACCCCAAGCCGCAAUUGGGUAUCAAGGUACGACACAUAUCCGGUCUGAUAGGCACGCGAUGACCAGUAAGGUGGAACUGAUGAGAUCAAGUUGGAGUCGAGGCCUUACUGUAGCUUGCCCCAAUCGGCGAUACGGCUGCUUUGUCCCAUUAUUUGUGGGGGAUCACCCGGUCAGCACCUUAACAUUGCCUGGCAAGGUCGGCAUUGGAUCUAAGACUGUUUGGCCUGGGAAUAGUCCCAUUGUGGUCUUGAAACCAAUCGCAUGGACUACUGAUCGCGCCUGCGAACGGAAGCCAUGUACCAAGACUACCGUUUGGCCGAUCGAAGUCACAGGGGACUUGGCAUUGCCUUGCACAGAUGUAAUCAGUCACACUUGUGCAUGGCUUCUUCCAAUGGGCCACUGCAAUGGUGGACGUGAUCGUGACAUAGGCCGCUGCCACCAAUGUCCAGGGGCACCGUCUCUUCCGUGGCAUCGGAACGCCAGUAAAUACCAAGCUUUGAUGCAUGGUUUACGACGGAAAAAUGACCACGCGAUGGCAAGGUGCAAUGAUGGAAAGGCCCUGACAGGUCUUCUCCCACCAGGGGCUGGGGCGGCUCAGUCCCCAGUGUGUCAUGAUCGUGUUCCAGCCUUGCCACCCUUCGAUGAGCCGGGGGCCUGCAGUUUCGGGGAUCAUGGGUUGUGGUCGGCUCCAGACCCUGAGUCUAGAAUUCAUGAUGGUAGACGGCGACGCGGGCCAUUUGCUUGGAGCAGAAGCCUCUCUCGCUGGAUCCCGCAUUCUGCCAGCGAUGCAGCUGAUCCACUGGCCUCUAGGGUCUGUAAGAUGCAAGUAGCAAACGAAUGUGUACUCAGUUGCCCCUCAUCAAUCACCUUUAGUACCUCAACCUACGAGGGCAGGGCGCUCAAUGGAUACUACCGCUGGAGUGUGAAUGCUAUCAAAGACUGUGUUAAUGGAUGUUGUGAGAACUAUUUCUCCUGGAGAAGAUCUGUUGACGCUCGUCAGUCUUCCCUCGCCGCCCUAAAUCUAUCCGUGGCAUCCUGAUGAUGUGAAGGACUUCUCUCUGCCGCACGCGGAAGGCCUAGUCAUCUAUAAGACCCAAGGUCAUGCCAACAAUUGGAUCCGCCGCU